CUGAGAGAGGGAUACAGUCCUCCUCUGUCCACACUUCAUCUGUGUAUCCGCGAUUACGCUGGGGACUGUCUACGAUAUUCAGUUCGUCGCUCUUACUAUGCCCAUGAGUGCCGGUCUGUGAGACUUGUCCGACGGUUAGCUUGUUGGCUGCUUACUUCGGCUACAUGGCCAGCUAGCACAAUAAAGCUAACUAUUGUUAGCUGCUGGCUUCAGCUCAAUACACGGACCCGGCAAAGUAAAGAGCCGAGGAGGGGAAUGGCAAGAGUUCGCCCGGAUAGCCUCUUCAGAAGAAACAGCUACUAACCAGACCCAUCGAGACCAGAUUUCUUUAGUUCUCUGAGUCACCGGUUGUUGGUGUUACUGUAAUCCCCAUCAUGGUGCAGAAGUACCAGUCACCUGUGCGGGUGUACAAGCAUCCCUUUGAGCUGGUGAUGGCGGCCUACGAGCGCAGAUUCCCUACCUGUCACCUCAUCCCCAUGUUUGUGGCGAGUGACGUGGUGGAUGAGGAGACCAGCGAAGACGGAUCCACCCACAGGAUCGAGCGCCGCUGUGCCUUGGAUGUGGACGCCCCACGCCUGCUCAAAAGGAUUGCUGGUGUCGACUACGUCUACUUCAUCCAGAAAAACACACUGAACCGUAAGGAGAGGACGCUGCACAUUGAAUCCCAUAAUGAGACCUUCUCCAACAGGGUCAUCAUCCAUGAGACCUGCUGCUAUUCGGUUCACCCGGAGAAUGAGGCCUGGACGUGCUUCGAGCAGUCUGCCAGCCUUGACAUCAAGUCAUUCUUCGGCUUUGAGAGCACGGUGGAAAAGAUUGCAAUGAAGCAAUAUGCCAGCAGUAUCAACAAGGGAAAAGAAAUCAUUGAGUACUACCUGAGGGAGCUAGAAAACGAGGGGAUCACCCACGUACCCCGCUGGACUCCUUCCUCACUUUCCCUGCCUCCCCCCAGGCCCACCAGCCUCUCCACCAGCCCACCUGACCUCCCCGAGCUCACGGUCACACCUGCCGUUUCUGUUCCACUGCCCGCCAACGCCAAGGACAGCAUCUCUCAGGAUGCCAAGCAGGACAGCAGUGCUCUUCAGGCAGACAGCCUAACUGAGAUCCUGGCUGGUACACCUGAAGACAAGCUGGAUGCCGACUAUAUCAAACGUUACCUAGGCGACCUGACCCCCCUGCAGGAGAGCUGUCUGAUCAGACUUCGCAAAUGGCUGCAGGAGACGCACAAGGGAAAGAUCCCUAAGGACGAGCACAUCCUGCGCUUCUUGAGGGCCAGGGACUUCAACAUGGACAAGGCCCGUGAGAUCCUGUGUCAGUCACUGACCUGGAGGAAGCAGCACCAGGUGGACUACCUGCUGGAGACCUGGAGUUCACCGCAGGUCCUCCAGGACUACUACACCGGGGGCUGGCACCACCAUGACAGAGACGGUCGUCCUUUGUACAUCCUGAGGCUGGGCCAGAUGGACACCAAAGGACUGGUCCGUGCUCUUGGAGAGGAGUCUCUGCUAAGACAUGUGCUGUCUAUCAAUGAGGAGGGUCUGAGACGCUGCGAGGAGAACACCAAGGUGUUUGGUCGACCCAUCAGCUGUUGGACAUGUCUGGUAGAUCUGGAGGGGCUGAACAUGCGUCACCUGUGGCGACCAGGAGUGAAGGCACUGCUGAGGAUCAUCGAGGUCGUGGAGGCCAACUACCCAGAGACUCUGGGACGGCUGCUUAUCCUGAGAGCCCCCAGAGUCUUCCCUGUCCUCUGGACACUGGUGAGUCCUUUCAUAGAUGAAAACACCCGCAAGAAGUUCCUCAUCUAUGCAGGCAAUGACUACCAGGGUCCUGGAGGUCUGGUGGACUACAUCGACAAGGAGAUCAUCCCUGACUUCCUGGGAGGAGAGUGUAUGUGUGAGGUGCCAGAAGGCGGCCUGGUUCCCAAGUCGAUGUACCGCACAGCCGAGGAGCUCGAGAAUGAGGACGUCCGCCUGUGGACAGAGACAAUCUAUCAAAGCGCCAGCAUCUUCAAGGGAGCUCCACACGAGCUGUUGAUAGAAAUCAUCGAUGCCUCUUCAGUUAUCACCUGGGACUUUGAUGUGUGCAAAGGUGACGUUGUUUUCAACAUCUACCACUCCAAGCGCGCCCCCCAGCCGCCGCGCAAAGACCCCCUGGGAGCCCACGGCAUCACGUCUCCCGGCGGUAACAACGUCCAGCUUAUCGACAAGUCAUGGACGCUGGGGCAAGAUUACAGUAUGGUGGAGUCCCCACUCACCUGCAAGGAGGGAGAGAGCGUGCAGGGCUCCCAUAUAACACGAUGGCCAGGUUUCUACAUCCUCCAGUGGAAGUUCCACAACAUGCCAGCCUGCUCAGCCACCAACCUGCCCCGAGUGGACGACGUGCUGGCCACUCUGCAGGUCUCCUCGCACAAGUGUAAAGUCAUGUACUACACCGAGGUGUUGGGCUCUGAGGACUUCAGAACCGCUUGCUGUGAUGUGCAGAGUUUGGGUUCGAUGACCAGCCUGGAGUCGAGCCACAGCGGCUUCUCUCAGCUCAGCGCCGCCACCACCUCCUCUAGCCAAUCACAGUCCAGCUCAAUGAUCUCCAGGUAGAGAAUGGAAGCAGAGGACUUCAGUCCCCACAACCUCCAACGCCACUACCCUUACCAUCAACACUGAAGUCAGCUCUUCUCCUACCCCCCUACCCCCCCGCCCCCUUGUCUCUGGACUCUGUUCCUAUUGCACAGCCAGUCUCUAUGGAACUGAAGCAUGCACACAAACAGAAGACAAAGAAUUAAAAAAAAUCUGAGGCAAAAAGGAAAAAAAACUGAGACAAUUUAAAGGGCUGAUUUUUGCACAAAGGUCAUAUAUUUCUCAUGUCUGGCAUCUGUGCUAGGCAGCAGUUUGAAUCAGAACAUUAGCUGAAUGUUUGUUUGCAUCAUGUCAUGUGCAGGCUGGAAAGGUUAAAGGUCGAGAGUUGGGUUGAGGUGCCUUUUUGUGGCACCGGAAGCUGAAAGAAAGCAAUAUCCUCAUUCUCGGAGCGACGGGACUGGAUGACCACACUGGAGGCGCUGUUACGUAUAUGCAUUUACAUGUACACUCACAUCCGUAGUACUAAGUCGAUGCAUACCUCAUUCACGUGCGUUGGCUGAAAAGACUGGAUGAGCUGUUACAUACAGAAAACACACAACAACACACGAACAUGCACACGGACGUUUGAUGACUUGCAAAAAUUUACAGUGUUUGCCAUAUUGUUACCAGAGUGGUUUGUUCAGUCUGGUGAACUGUUUAUAGGUCAAGUGUGGGUAGGUGGGGUAAACUCUUAAGUAGACCUGGGUCAAAUGUUUUUUGUUUUUUUUCCUCCAAACUGUAUGGAGUCAGUGGUGUGGGUGGAGCUCACUGAAUCAUGACAAUACAGGUGGUGUUAGCAAAGGUGCCAGGUGACAGGAAAAUUGAGCUGCUCUGUGUCUGUGGGAGCUUUCCGGCAUUCAUUUUGCUGUCUUAAGUGGCAAAGCCCACCCGUCUGUCUCACGAGGGCUUUAUCACACCUUGAAAAGCAUUUGACCAUUUGACCUGGGUCCGACUCUUAGUGAAGAACUCCGCUAGAAGCAAUAACACAAGUUUGACUUUCUACUGUGUGAAAUAUUUCUAUUUAUCAUGAAGAUGUAUGCGGAGGAUCGUGGGUGCUGAUUGCAGGUGACGUUUUUGUUGUGUACAGGCAGACAGGCAAACUGAGCCAGUAAACCGCUAAACUCUGUGGCAUCAACAUUAUCAGUUACUGUCUCUGUUACCAUUAUGUUUGGAGAGAAACAAAAAUAACUCACCAGAUUUUCUCCUCAGCACGGUUUAUUAUCCUCAUACACCGAAAAAACUCAGUAAUCAUGACAACAGAUGACCACAGUUAGUUUGCUUCAUGUCCAGCGUCUGCACGAUUGAGGAACUCAAGUCAAAAUCAAGUCGUCAAGGAGAUGCCUUGUCACUGAUUUGUGAAUGUGCUACUGAUUGGUUAGCGCUCGCUUAACCAAUGAAAUGCCUGAAUUUGGAGGGUUGUGGUGUAAUCGGGCAGAGCUGCCAUCAUUCUGGACUUCUUUUUCAGAGUGACGUAGAUUUCAGUGUGCAUUAGGGAUGAAUGUUACUUUGUGAUUAUCAUUUGACGGCACGCCAGUAGACCACAUGUUGAAACUGUACAUGUUGCUAGUGUUGGCUGGAGUUUGUUACUGUUUUUUUUUUUUUCUGAAGAUGAGUGCUUGAUGGGGUGAAGCCGUGUGGUGUGUUGCUGCAUGCUCAUGUGGUGAUUGGGCUUACAGAUUAUUUAAUGAUUAAGAAAUAGCCAUUCUAAGAGCCAUGUGUCAAUAAAUACCAUUUUAGCAUUUGUAAGCCUCACUUAGAAUCGUACCUGCUUUUUUUUUUUUUUUUUUUUUUUUUUUAAUUAAAGGUCACCACUGUAAUAGAGGAGCGAUUGUGAACUGAAUGAACAUUUCUAAAUGCAACACAUCCAUGCAACUUUUUAAAUACAGUUUAUUUGGUUAAUAAGCACUGAUGACUUCACACAGAUCAGACUCCCUUGCAGAGGGCAGAAAUGAUCACUGUUGCCAAGAGUCGUUGGGUGCUGUUGCCAUGGUAACCGAGUGCAGCUGACAGCAGAGAGAAACUUAAAAAAAAAAAAAAAACAGGUCUAGAUGAAAAUACUGGCCCUUGCCUGUUGUUGUUUUUGAUACAUGAAACUGUUUUUAACUGUAAAUGAAAGGUCAAGGUUUAACGUGUGGUAAAUAUAUGUCAUUAACUGCAAUAACAUGAAAUGCUUUACUGAUUUAAAAAAAAAAAAAGGACCUCCUCAGACGGGGGUGUUAUUGUUAGGUGUGUAUGAUGGUGUAAACGAAUGAAUGUUAGGAACAGUGGCAUAAAAGAAAUGCCUGUAAAAUGUGUGUAAACACUCCCUCUGACCUGUAGGGCAGGUGUGUUUCUCUACCCAGCCUCCUCUCACCCUCUGAAGCAUGUCUCGAACCACACAGCUAACCUUCCCUCCCCUGUUUAUUUCUUCAGGAAACUUGAUUUCCAUUUCUUCAGUGGUUCAACUGGUGAAACAACACGCAGCAUUAGUUUGGACCGAACUCCUCUUAUAUUUCCUUUUCUUUCUCUCUCUCUUUCUCUCUGUCUGCUCUUUGUCACUUGUACACUCCAUUUUUGCAGUUUUGCUUUCAAGCACUUUUCCUUGUGUAUUUCUUAGAAAGCAGAGUGGACCUUUGACUGAAGCCAUAGGCAUAAAUACUGAACACGUUUCAUCAAGAUCUCAUUGAGAAAUGAGGGCUAUAACUGUUUGUCUUGACCGUUCAACACAUUUGUCUGUCUCACUGCUUCCUUUUCUGACAUCGUUGCAUAUCUUUCUUUACCUUGAUGUGAGAAAUUAUGUAUAAAAGUACAUGUUUGGAUUAAUGAGAAUACGGCGCCUUUACAUGUUUUGAAAACAUUAAACUUGAAUUAUGA